AUGGACUCUCCUUCAUUUUGGCCGGCAAACAACGGUUCAUUAUCAUUACCAGGUGAUAUCAAUCUAAGAUGGGAGGAUUACAGAGAGAUCGUUCAGCCGGAUAAAGCGAGUUUCUGGUUGAUGCUGGGCAGUUUGGUGUUAUUCAUUGUGUGGAUUGUUUUCCUUAUAUUUUAUCUAUCCAGAAUUCUUGGACCUAUUCUUGCUUUCAUUCUAACGCGGGUUUUACGUUUGAAAGGUUAUACUGGUUACGUCUCAUUGGGUUCAUUUUCAAUCAGUUUAAUGGCAGGCAAGAUCAUGUUCCGUGAUCUACAGUGGACCACUUAUGAUUAUUCAUUUCACUGCAAUGAUGGCUGGAUCAUUUUCUCAUAUUGGAAAUUUGUUUCUGCAAAACCAAUACCCAAUUCAAGUGAUACUUCAAGACUACAUCUUUCAUUAAAUGGUCUCCAAAUCCGUGUCUACAAUCGUCUCAGUAACUAUCGUAACCUCGCCAAAUGGUUUGGUUUGGAACGUUUAUUUGGUUCACUCAGAGAAGAUUCGAAUAGUUCAGUGAACAAGAAAUUAACAAGAAAGGAAGAGGAAGAGUGGGACGCGUAUUAUGACAAUCUCUGGUCAUUAUUUGGUUAUAUUAAACUCGAUAUCGGGUCUGGAUGUGUGAUCGCCGGAAAUGCGUUCUUACCAUCGGCGUUCGUUCUAAUUUUCGAAAAUUUAAUUUCGAAAAUUUCGUUGAAAGAGUAUCCCGGAGGAACGGAUCGAGCUCUGGUGAGUGUUGUUGGGGAUACGGAAAACGUUCGUUUCUCGUUGGUGGAGUGCCCGGAUUUCAAAGGAAACAGGCCGUCGCAUUUCGUCGGUCGUCGCGAUCCACCACCACGCACAAUGGGCGACGGUUUUGCAGUACUCCAAACGGCUCAUCUUAAAUUCUAUUAUAAUCAGUCAAUUUUAGGCAUAGUGAGCGAAGAAGUUCAAUCAUUGGAUAUGGAUCAACCUGUUUGGGAAUCCGUUUGGCGUUUUGGCAAGAACACGGUGAUUUCGUACGGUCCAUGGGCGGAUGCCCAGCGUGUGAUGCUCUACAAUUACUUUUUCCCUGCUGAACAACGCACUGCUGAUGUCACCAUUCUACCAGUAAAAGGUGAACGUCGGAUGCUAUUAGCCCACGAUAUUCGUGUUUCAUUAUUAAACGAUGCUGGGAUUGACAUUUGGUUCAUGAGAGGUGAUGAACUGAAUGCUCUUCACCUGAGGGUUAAGCAAGGUUCAUCACUUGAUUUCAAAAUUCCGUGGAUAUAUCUGGAUGACGGCUUUCAUUCAACGUUACGCUGUUGUUUGUUAUGUGUUGAAUCAUCCACUUCGCUCGCUUAUCGUAAAUUCUUUCAAUGUGAAACGCUUCGAGUGACUCUUGACACACAUUAUCCGCGUAUUUUUAAUGCACAUCAACUAUGGAAGUACUCAAUUGAAAUCAACAAAAUUAGUUCGUGGAUUGUUUGGGAUCAUAAGCGAUUUUUUACGGAUUUGAUCAACGAAUGGACAAGUGAAUCGAUUCCUGAUUUAUAUAAUUUUAUACCUUAUACUUGGGAGUUCAGUGUUCGAAUAACGGACAGUGUUGAAUUGAUAUUAGCGUUGAAUGAUAAAAAUUGGAUUGAUACAAGCUCAUCGGCGUCAGCAGAAAAUUGUUUGGCAGCGAUCGUUGGUAAAGAGAUAACAGCCGCUUUUGCAUUUCCUUUUGUGGAUUUUUGUCCAGAGAAAAUUGCGUUGAAAUACAUAAUAGACGUACACGAUUGCUUAGCGUUACGUGUCUGGUUGCCGUCACAAAAUCCAUUAGCACCACUGUUGCAUUCGUUAAUGAAAAACGCCCGUUUCACUUACUUAAGUCCAGCAACAACAUCGUUGCCAACUAUUUCGAAUCCUUCUCAGGAAUGGGAAGAAAUUUGGCGAUGUGAAACGAUCAGGUUACUGUUCGAAUACACUUAUCAUCCAUCGUAUGCAGAUCCGCCAUCAGACUUACCGUAUCACAGUAAUGCAAAUUGUACGGCCAAAUUACCACCGCAUCCGAUUCAGCUCUCUCCUGAUGAUUUAUUCAUUCAGGUUGAUAUUGGCGAGUCGGAACUUGUUUUAACGGGUAUUCUGGUGAAAUUAAUCAUCGAUCUUAAAAAUGACUACUUUGGAUUGUAUGAUCAGCUAACGGAUGUCGUUUCUUCUGAUAACAUGUCACGCCUAUACGGUGAUAUUCCCUAUGAGGUUGACUACUACCGGCCACUCUCACUGCAACUUUGUCUUUAUUUGCACAGCUCAAAAGCACAUUGUUUGGUGCACGCCGCUUCGUCUUGUGCAGAUGAGUGUCCAGUGAUGUAUAUGGAUCAGUUGGCAUUAGAGAUUGUCAAGGGACCACUGGAAACGAUGGUACAGGUGAACGUUGGAACAGUGGCUGUUUGUUUUGGGGCAUCAAGAGGCAGCGAUUCAGAAGGAGUGAUUGCGCUAGAGACACUCUCGUUCCGUGGUCAUGCACUCUUCUCUGAAGUUGACAUCCCAUGGGAUGCGGGAUCUGUAGAAUAUGCAUGGUUGAUUGAAGUGAUCAUUGGCAACAUUAAUGCUAAACUUCAUCCUGCCGACUUGGUCACAUUGGCACAAUUUGUUGAAUCGCUCAUUCUACUCUCUGUAUGUCCUGAUGAAGAUUUGCAAGUUCCUGAAAGGUAUGAACUGUGCCAUCAUAUGAACGACAUCCGAACAUGUCCCCGUUCAGCGCUUAAUCUCGUCGAUACGAAGGGACGUAUCCAAAAUUGUGAAUCCGAAGAAAAUUUAAAAUACAAAAUGGUUCGCGCCAGUAUUGAUACAUUCAAUGUGGUCAUUAUUGAAGAUAGAUGUGCGUUGCAAUUAUCCGUUUCACCGGUCCGAUUCUCACAGUGCAACUGUCAUGAAGCAUCGUUUUGUUCUGAUGUCAUCGUCAAAUUGCCAUCUAUUUGUGUGAGGCAAUUAACAACGAAAAAUGAUGAUAAUGAAUGGAUGGAAUGUGGAAUGUCGUGCGUUGAGAAUGUCGAUAUCGAUAUACGUGCUCCGUAUGAUUCGAAUGAAAUUCAUUUGGUUCAAGAGAAACGAAACUUUCUGCUAAAACACGAUAAAGCUUCAUCGAGACUUUAUUUUUUGUGGUUGUCCCCCGAUCAAAGUACAUGCUCGUGUUAUGGUGAUUGCCGUUUCUUUGGUAAAGUCGAUAUCACAGGAAAAAAUUUCCUGAGCGAUUUGGAGAGUGUAUUAGCCGUACAACAUUGUGAUCGUGAUAUGAGCGUUCAGCCGGGAAUUGGUCAAAGCAUCAUUUUUGCCGGUAAAAAGGCACUUUCUGAUAUGCAAUCGCCUACAAUUCGCAAACUUGCACUCUCAGAUCCAGCAUCACCGUUCUGUAAUGAAAAAGCAAGUUGUGCAAGGAAGACCUCAUCUGAGGAUUCGUUCCAUUCCGCGUUAUCGACAUCAAUGGUGAAUUUAUCGCAUCAUAUGGUUUGCCCAAUAAUGUCAUCAUCAGUACUGCUGACCAACUACAACACAUUCUUGAGCAGAUACUCGUCUGUUGGCGAGCAUGAGGAUAUGUGUUUGUUUGGCACUGAAUCUUUGCAGAGUUGCGUGCAACGUGCGAAAAUUUCGUUUAUUAAGAUAAGUGACGGUAUCAAUGAAAUGCAUUUAAUACGUGAAGAUUUGAAACGUAGAUCAGCACCAACGUUAUCAUCGCUGAACUCAUCAUCUGAACGAGUGGUAUUGUCAACACCAAGUAGUGAAUCGGUUAUGUCCGUGUUCGGUGCCGAUCACUUGGCGUUCUACGUGCGUGGUACAGUUGCAACGAAUGUUCGAUUAUUCGUGACUCCAUUGGCACUGGAAGUAACGCAGCAAUUGGGUGAACACGUUGCAUUUGCACUCUCAACAAUUCAUCCAGCCUUUAUUGCACAGCAUCUCUACACAUUGUGUGUUUUCCAACAUCAUUCACAGCCAUUAACCACGUCUCCACAAAAAAAUAAACAAAAUUUUGAGCCAAAUGUUCAUGCAAAUCUGUUGCUGCCAUCGAUCGAUAUUGCGUUAUUUCAAUGUGGUCUUAUCGAAAAAACAAUUCAUUUAACGUCUGUACAAGAGACUUUAUCUCAUUUGGUGCGCAGUAAUGUAGCACUUGUCAACGUACAGGACACGGUGUUGUUUGCUUCAUCGCACAGAAAUGCGGCCGAAGAAGCUCGUGUUCGUGUUGAAUGUAGCAAUAUUCAUUGCCACGCUCAGUUUUUACAAGUGGUCGAAUCAAGUAAACGAGAUUUCGGGCACAGUAAAACUAAUGCAUCGAUAGUUUACACGAAUAAUUGGUGUGCGUUGAAUUUAGAUGAACAGUUGAACGAUUUUGAUAUGCGAACCGUCGCAGAAGUUGAUUUGCCAGACGUAUCUCUUUUGAUCAAUAACAGUCCUCCAAGCUCACCGCAGCGAACAACUGCUUUAGUGAACAAUAUGGAAUUACGUUUGGGUACAGCUUCAGUUGAAUUCGCGCUCUGUAAGCCAAUCGAUCAAACGAGCAGCAAAGAAUGGCCUCUAUUCGAUGUUUUUGCUCCUUGUGUGUCAGCAUGGACGUACGCAGUACAUCGACUAUGUGAAUCUUCUGAGAUUUGGUUCAAACGAAUCGAUGAAUGGAUCGAUCUUGCGUUUGCAGAAACUCUCUCGAAUGCACUCGACUGUAAUAGUGACCAGAUAUUCUCAACAGAGAAAAGUUGUUUCGCGGAUGUCAAAGUGCAUCAGAGAGCUGCGGCAUCGUGUCCAAGUUGUAAAUUGUCGUUGAUUUUGGUACGUUAUGCAGCCGAAGCAGACAUGCAUAACUUUUGGGACGAGAUCAAUGUGCCCGACAAGGCGAAGUUGGCUGAUUGUGACAUCCGUAAACAAGCCCUUGUUGCCUUGUUGAGUCACUGGCAAACUAUCAUUUGUUCCCAGAUCAAGCUAGCCAAUACGGAAAUCGCGAACAAGUAUGUAAAAGAAGCAAUCAAAAAGAGCGCCGAUGUUAAGAUUGAUAUAGAAAUGAGCGAUAUGAAUAGCAAUGAAUUACCCCAACAUAAAAGCAGUACUUUGGAGAGUGCUCGUUCUGCCGCUGAAUCACAUCAAAUGGACUUGUAUCAUUGGAUAUCGGCACGACAUCGUGAGCAGAAAGAGGCGAACGCAAAGAACCGAAAGAAAAAAACUCUUGAUGAUUUUGAGCAUGUGAAUCCAAUGGAAAUUGUUCUAUCGGUUUUCUUUUGGAAAGUUUAUGAGGUACUUAAACUUGAACCUUGCAAGCUGAACAGCCCAUCAUUGCCACAGACAAAUGCAGUGUGGUCAGUGAAUUGGAAGGAACUUCGAGUUGAUGUAUUGGAACCAAGACUAAUAUCGUCAAGUAUCAAUUGCAUAUCCAUAACAAGACAUCAUCUGUUACAUAUUCAAUCGGUUCUAAUGAAAGGUCACUUUCAUUCGCAUAUUCAUAUGGAUGAUCUCAAAGUACGACCAGUUAGGGCAUCUUAUGAUAUCAGCUAUUCGGCCACUGCCCAGUCCGUGCACGUUACAUUCGCGUUAGCAUCCGUAUGCUUAUUCAACGAUCUGACGCGAGUCACGCGUUCUACAGCCAAUAUAUUGGCGUUCAUCAAAUCCAACCAGUCGUACACUCACGAAAGUCAACCGGGCAGUAUCAAUACGAAGUCAAAUUUGCAAUCGACGCCGUCGAUUGAGAACAAUUCUGAAGUGAACGUUCAUCAUUCUUGGAUUGCCGGAGUAUUGGAUAAACUUCGUGCCUAUCAAAAGUCACGUGCCGGAAUGCCGCAGGUGUCACGGGGACACGUUCAAGUGAGGGUCGAAGGUCAAGCUAGUUUAAAGGUGGUUAUGCUGGAAAUGACUUUAACGCAUUUGUCCGUUUUGACAACUUUCAAAAGAAUUCAGUUGUCCCAUCGAAACCAACGUGAUAAAACUAGACACGACAAGCAUGUAUUGGAUGACUUGAAUGCAUCUGUACAACGAGCGAAUCUCAUUCUUUCAGAGUUUGUUGUCGGUUCAGAUGCCAAACAUAUUGUUAAUUUUUCGGUCAAGGCUAGUACGUUCAACUUCAAACGUGAAUUGGACGUUGAUGGUUCAAUGGACAGUCAUCUGAAAUUAUUUGUUGGCGAUAUUGAAGGCGAUAUGCCGAUUCACGCUCAAAAUUUGCAUGAAGUUGUCUUGAGGAAUGCGCCGCAACUUAACGAACAGAUGACCCGUUUAGAAUAUAGUGAACCAACGCCGAUCGGUGAGUACUCACCUCAUUUGCAAUGUCGUCAAGCAGUUGCGUUGGUGCAUUUCGAUAUUGAGUUGAGCAGUAUUGAGUUGUCUGCUCAAUUGCUGCCAUCGUUGAAAGCGAAGUAUCGUUUGGAAGAGGCGCAAAGCAGUGGUACAACAGGUGCUGAAGCAAAAUUUAUGGCCAAACUGAAGAAACACGUUGUGAAUUUCACUGUAAACGCUCCCAGUGAUGAAUGUCGUUCGUCGAUCUCAUCGGAUACGUUCACGUUGGCAUUGCCGUAUAUUCAUGCUGAUGGUGCGUACAGAACAACUGACAAAGAUGACGAUACGCAGAUACGCGACAAUGAAAACUUACAAUUUCGUGAAGGUGGAUACAUCGAUAUUGUUCUCACUAUCGGCAAGUUGGAGCAUACGUUCACAACGGAUCUGCUUAAUCAAGUGCUGUUCGCUGAGCAGUGUUUUCGUAACGAAUUAACAUUACUAAUCGAUCGACUCGCCGGUGAUCGACCCCAACAACCCGUUCAGACGCCUGGUCAUCCAACCCCAACUCGAUAUCCAUUCCUGUUCAAUCUUUUGAUACGAGGCGAGUCGGCACCAUGGCUUCAACUAACUGCGAGCACUCCUACAUCAACGGCUGUUCGUCUCACAUUCGAUAAUAUAUCUGCGAAUCUCACAAAUCGUUGGACUCUCAAGGAUUCGAACGAAAAGAAUGAACGACUGUACGGUAAAGCAACUAUUGGUGUGAGUGCAAAAUUGGGACAACUUGUGAAGACUGCAAUGUUCGAGGAAAUUGAAACCGAACUGCAAGAGUUUGCCACAUUUAUGACACAGAUUUCCGUGCAAAACAAAGAAAGUAAUGUGCACUCAUCAUACAGCUAUGUGAUAACAGUUAUACGUCCCAUUCUGCUCAUCAAAUCCUCGGCUGUUGAUAAAAACACAUACGAUUACUGGCGAGAACAACGCAAUAAAAUGAUCAAAUCUGCAAGACGCAGUUCAUUGUCGACACCAUCUGUGAACACUUCGUUGAAUACGGAUACCGAAAUGGAUGUUAAUCUAUCUCUGAAGGUAACGAAUGGUGUUUAUGUUUGUAUGCCACUAUAUAGUGCUGACUUAAGUGCUAAUAUGUCAGCACUUGUUGUUUCAUUACAAAGCACUGAUGUCACUGUUUGUGUACGAAGGGAAUUAGCUUGCCAGGCGACGUUCCACAAUUUCAAAGUGAAAUUCAUUGACAAUUUUGAUGAUCAGGCAUUGAACGAUUCAUGGAUUGAAGAUAAAUCUGGUGAUUCGACGCAUUCCAACUAUUUUUAUUUCCCGCAAGGUACUUAUCAGUUCGUGUCCCGAGCAACCGCUGCAUCGGAUCCGAAUACAAAUGCCAAAUGGAUUCUUUCGGUGAAAUGGCAAAUGCUUGGAAUGACCAUUGACCUUGAUCAUCGGAUUGGCAAGUUGACAUCGUUGCUGGUGAGCACAUUUUCAUCGUUAGCUUACGGUGACAAUGAUGAGGAAUGGGAAGAGUCUGGUCGAGAAUCGAUGAUCGAUUCGAACGCUGAAGAUGAGCAAGAUGCCGAAAUAGAUGCCACCGGUGAAUUCGGUAGUCUUGCACAACCAGAAGAACGUGUUCAGUGGCUUGAACGAAAGGUACCGAUUACGAUUCUGUGUGAUGUGUACGAGUGCACUAGAAUGCACGAGCAAUCUGUACUGGUAACAGAUCUGAUGCAGUGUCGUGCCAGUGAACCAACAAUCGAGAAGGAACGUCGUAAGCUGCGUAAACUUGAAUUGGCUAGAUUCAAACAAUUCCGAAAAUCGGUAUUGGAUAAAUUGAAACGAAAUGCGAUUCGUCAGAAGAAACGAACACUCGAGCCGAAAAAGUCAGACGAUCGUUCUGCUUCAAAACUCGCCAGCGACCAACAACGAUCAGAUGAACAAGCUUCAUCCAAACGACAUAUUCAGUCCUCAUCGUUCGGAAGUCGUCCAGCAGCCAAUGCUAUGCCAGCUCAUUCCACCGCUAAAGUUCAACAACAAACACCUGAUGCACCUUCUACUCUCACCGGCAAUGCACGUUUGUCAACAGAUGCUAAUAAUCCGUCCACAGAUGUAGUUGAUAUGGAAAUCGAUGUACAGGUAAACAUUGAGUCAGGUUUAUGCACUUUACGAGCAGCAGUAAAACAAGAUGAACAUGUGGGGCCAUUCAACAAAAGACCGUCAGCAAGAGAUCUUAACUCGAAGAUUUGGUCAGGUAAUGGCUCAUCAGCGCUAACUAAAUUUGCUAUACCCAGUGUUGAUGUGAAAGCCUAUUACACGACUCUUGACCGAAGUCACAAACAAAUGAUGCAGCAUCAAAUGCAAACAAUGUUCGCCUUUAAGUUUGGCAAGCAAAGCUAUCGUCGGCGACCAGGCUUUUAUCUGGCGGUUGAGCUAUCGAGUAUGCCACAAGAAUCAUUAGUGACACCGCAUUUGGCAGAUUUUGUUGAGCAAAUAUUAGAGCCAUUACCCGAAAAUAACGUCUUCAACUCGUCAGCUAAUUUGUCAACAAUAAACCAAAGUGAAGUUUGUGAGUCGGAUGUAGCAAUCGUUGAGAUGGACACUUCGGUGCUGCCUCUUGACGUUCUCUUCCAUCUGACUGUUCAGUCAUCGACAAUUCGAUUCGAAGGGCAUCAACAGCGAAGCACUGCGGCCGAUUGUCUCUUGAAACUACCAUCAUUAACACUGAUGGCGUCAACGAGACCGAUCAGUGGUUUGUCUGAAUCGGCAGAUGGCGAUACGUCGGGUGGUGGCAUUCACUUGUCAGCCACGCUUAGUGCGUUUUCACUGAACGUUUACAGCCCUCAUCAGACGAGCUCACAUGAUGCGUUAUCAUUGACGUUGGAUCAUCUCUCCAUUUUAGCAUCGCGCAGUAAAAAUGGUCGUUAUGAAGUAGACAAUAAAGUUCAGUUUGUGCUAACGGCAAGUAUCGGAUCGGCGACGGUCAAUUACGACAUGAGACGGUUGGCCGAGUUAAUCUCAUUCCCGAAGCCUUGGUAUAGACGUACGAUUGUUCGACGACUCUUCUUCGGUGACCAUUCGGUGAAGACACCGACGACGGGUUGUGCGAAUUGUGCGUCGUCAUCAGUUAGCAAAUUAUCGCAUAAUCCAGAAAUAGCUGCAUCAACGUCAACCUGGGAGACAGCGCGUAAAAAAGAUUGGAGUGCAACUGUAAUAUUUGCUGUCGAAUGGAAAGAGCUAACUAUCGGCGCACAGAUGGCCAACACUAUGGGCAAUACGAAGCUGUUCAUUAGAGAGGGUGUACUUCAUGGCUACUGUCAGAAACCUCCUGAGAACAGUGCUAAAUUUCAACUGAAAGAGAUCGAAAGUCGUGUGGAAUGGAUGAGUCGUCCGAUCUUCAUCGGUCGAUGUGAGAAACCAUGUGCAGCAUUUGCAGAUAACUGGUCUUAUACUUGCGAUGAAAGUGGCCAGGUUGUAAGAGCGUCAGUUUGUGUGGAGCUGACGGGCUCAUGGUGCGAUUUACAAAUGAUUAUCACCAAGGCUACUGUUGAUGAUUUCAUUCUUAUUGCACACAAGUUGCAUUCCUUCUUUCAGGAACAAAUGGCAAAGAGUCGUAUGGUUUGGGGAAUUAAAAGUUCUCCAGUGAGUGAUCUAACAAACGUGAACAGUAGCACAAGUCGAACAUCACAAAAUUGUUCAAAAUACGAACAUUGGCCGUGCGUUUUGGAUAUGUUGACGGAUAUUCAAUCACGUCAGAAGAUUUUACCAAUGCCGAACGGAGAGAAUGGUAUAACCGUGGUUGGCGGUCUUCUCGAACUGCAUGCCAACACUGUUUCAUUGGCAUGUAUGCAUGGCGAAAUGAAUGCGUCUAGUUGGGCAUUAUUUCAUAUGCGACAGCCAUCGAUUGUGUUCCAACCAGAAGCACAGUAUGCGUUCAUAUCAUCGAACAGAAACGACGUCGGUGUUUCAAUCUCUGAACGACUCAAUAUUCAGCUAGGAUCUUCUACACAACCACCUGCAGCCGAUGAAAGUGCUACUUGUCAUGCUGUUGUUUGUCGUGUUCAGCAAGGUCGAGGUAGUAUGGUGCGACAGAUGAGUUCAGUUGGUGCCUGUCUUGAGCAUAUUAUCAGUGAUGCGUUAACGCAACUCAAUUUGCAUCCACUUGGUCAUGCAUCGCAAGUGACACAUCACUCUGUUUUGCCACUCUUCGAGUUUCCUGCUCUGAAUGCAAUUCUUGUAACGCAGCAGAAGCAGCCGAUUGAAUUGGAGGAUAUCGAGGAAUUACCUACGCCAGAAGUGAGAAGUUCGUUCAUUUGCGAAUUCCACGAUACAGUUAGCGUUCAAACUGAUUUCAACGCUCAAGUUAGCUUCCUUCCAGAACUGAUUAAAAGCUACAUGAGGAAUGCGGAGCAAACCAAAGAAGAAAAGGCAUCGGACGUGAGUCGUGAUUUUCGACAUUACAUUUGUGACGAGUGGGUUGUUGAUCCAAAGAUUCGUUUCAUCGACCGCUUCAAGUGGAAUCCUCCAGUUAUCGAUGAAAUUCUCCGUAAACUUCAGAUUUUUGAUCAUCGAAAUACGAUUCCGAAAGCAUUACAACGCGGUAUGUUGGAUCCAUGUGAUGCACUGUUGGCUCGUAUCAAUCUCGCGAUCCUUUCAAUCGCAAAAAAGUCUUCUGCACCACAAUUCGAACCAAAAUCCUAA